AUGGGCCAAUCAACUUCUAAAGAGCAUGAAAAUGCUAGGACAAAUGAAUCUAAACUAAAAGGAGAAUCUUUAAUGGAUUUUUUCAAUGACAGAUGCUUAAAACAAUUAACUACUGCUGAACUAAUUUCGUUCAAGAACAAUAUUCCUGAGGGCAAAGAACUAAACGAUUAUGUCGAGGUUUCAGAUAUUAGCAGAAUGUAUUAUAUCCCGAAAGAUAGUGCUGUAAUGUUAUCGGUAUUUAUGAAUAUGUUUCAUACUCUAGCGAACUUUCCACUUCUACAAGAUUCCUACGAAAAGGUUACUUUCAAAACCUUGUUAAAGGCCACGCUAUUACUAGUCAAGGAAAGAGCCAUCAAGUACACCGAUUGGAAAAAGUACAAUGAUUUGAAAAUGCUAUUUAUUACGCUCUCUUUGGAAAAGAAUAUCAAAGCUGAACCUCUCAUGGACUCUUCGGCUCUAUCUGAUUGUAAGGAUUGGAAAGGGGUCAUUAGAUCUUAUAACGGAACUGAUUUUGAUGAAUUGAAAGUAAAUGCAAAUAAUCUUCUUCACUUUUUGGCAUUGAUAUUGGCUCUUUCUCGCUGCUGCAUUUUGAACAAUUGUAAAAUUGACAAUGAUGUUUUGGCGAAGAGCUUAGAGGACUUCAAACAUCAAGCUCUUAAUAUUGUACGCACAAUGAACCCCGAGAUUAUAUCAAUGUCAGACUGUUUGGAUUCAUCAAUCACAUAUACCCAAUUUUCCAUGGCCGUUAAUGAUGUUGCCCCUAAUCUUUUAAAUCCCUUGAAAAUGCUAAUGGAACAUGUUCUUUAUAUGGAUAGAGAUCUCGUAGACGCGGACGUUCUUCAACCAAUCUCAAAUCCUACUAAAAUUGUAAAUGAAUCUGAGCUAUCGCAGUUAGCAACUUUUUUACCGAAGGAGAUUGUUUUCUCCAGGUUCCAGAAAUUAUAUGUUGGAAGGGAAUCGGGCUUUUCUAUGAGAUCUUUCCAAUCUAAGGUCUUCAAGUGGAUGGCACCUACGAUAUUAUUCGUAGAGGGUAUGAGAAUUCGUGACGAGGACGAUGAAGAUGGCGAUGCUUAUGCCGUGAAAAAUCCAAGGUAUAGAAACUUUCUGCAAGAAUAUGGUAAGUUAAAAAGUGAAGAUCAACAUUUGGAUACGUUAAGUAAGAAAAAACGAAAAUUGUUAUUUGCUGUUUGUAUUCGCGACCCAUGGAAAGUAUCAAAUAAAGAUUUGUUUGGUGAUUCGUCUACAAAAAUUAUCCAACUUCAUCCAAGACAAGAGAUCUUCGAUGCGGACCCAUUCAAGACAGGAAACGUAUAUUUCAACACUGUUGGGGGAGGUAUAGGUAUUGGUAGCUCUCAACCUAUCAUCAAAGCUAACGGUAAAAAAUACUUCCCAGGAAAUGUUUCACUUACUAUUGAUUCAUCUCUCGAGUUCGGUAUAUUUAGACAUUUGGGAGCAGGUGGGAGUUUUAAGCCUGGCCGUCUAAUAAGUGGACGUGGAGAAGAACGGAAUUCGUUCGAAUACCGAUUCAUAAUCCAAGAUGUAGAAGUGUGGGGAUGCGGAGGAGAAAAAGAGCUCGAAGAGCAAGUAAAGCAAUGGCAAUGGGAAGAGGCCGAAGCCAAAAGAAGGCAAAAGAUCAACUUACAAAGCAUGGGAGAAGAUCGUGCAUUAUUGGAAAUGGCAGGUCUUGUAGGGCAACAUCAAAGCGGUGGAUCUAUUUAA